GGUCAUCGCUUGACCGGCUAAUGGAGGAGUACUUGCUACACCACUGUGUCACGUCGGACGUGUACAAGCCCGCGGAUAACGAGGACCAUCAAGCCUCUGCGUCAUUUUGGCAAACAUCAGGACGGGCAGAGUGUGUUGUGGUGCAAGAAAAUCGCCAGGCUUAUGGCGCCUCGCGGGUCAUUCUUUCGGCCAUGCUGAACCUUGUUUUACAGUCUGUCAAGACAAAGAACGUGCUGCUGUUCACGCUGGAGUCUCCUCAAGUGGGGCAAGGUAUUGGAACUUCUGAAAAGCUCACUCACGUUGACUACUCCGCCGACGCCACAAACUUCCAAUCGUCGACGUCGUCGAAGUCGCAAUUACUGGAAAAGAUGGUGCACGAUAUUGAGAGCAUGGAAGCCAAGGUUGAGCUAAACGGAGCGACAUCAGCUCGGCCACUGGUUGUGGUGCUGGACUCGCUCAAUGUGCUUCUGCAGCAGACGUCACUCCAACAAGUGCUGCUGUUUCUUCGACGUUUGCGCCAACAUGCUGUUGUCGGCUCAGUGAUUGCACGGUUGAAUGCUGGUGCAGAGUCUCCUGGAGUCGCACAAGCGCUGGCAGCGCAGGCGACGGCGACGAUACUCGUGGAGACUCGUUCUUCUCUGCGCUCCUACCCGCUACUAGCCACAGAACGAAGACGCGAGAUUCCAAAGGAAAUGCACGGAUUUGUGCUAUUUGUGAGGCAGAAAAAGAACGGCCGAAGCAGCGAGAGCAUCGAGUACUUCCAAGUGCAGUCCGACACUGUGCAAUUUGUUGCUGCCGGAGAUGUUGAUGGCCACUGCGCAAAGUCUGAGCUUGGACGCACGUCGCAGCCUGAUGCAAAGCCAACGUCUCCCACCAGCACUCUUCAGUUCGAAAGCUCUGACCAGCCUCCGCUCCCUGUGCGUCAAGAGGAGAUGAGUUUCAACUUGUCCAUCAGCGCUGCAGAACAACGAGCCAAGAGCCAAGUUCAAUUGCCGUACAUGCAUCAGGGUCUCACUGGGGUUAGCAGCGGCAACACAUUAUUCUUCAUUGACGAAGAUGAUCCAGAUUGGGACGACGACGACCUAGACGACGACUUGGACAUUUGA